AUGACUGCUUGCAGCUGCUCUCCGACGAAAAGAAAUGCAGCAGUGAAUAGUUGCAAUGAUAAUUUUGCUAGUGUGUUACGACAUAUCAGAAAUGAGACCCAGAGAGAUUUGAGACGACAACAUUUGCUUGAUGAGCAUCUUCGUAUCUUAGAGCAAGAAUCUAAACAAUAUGAGAAUCCGCUGCGAUAUCAAUUGAUUCCGCAACGCUAUCGUAUGAAACACAAAGGCUAUGCAGUUUGUCGUUUGUGUGCGGAACAAUCACAUCAUCAGUCCGUUCCGCUAUCUACUAACUUUAGCCUGAUGGACUACUUACGGGAAAACUCUUCUGAAUGUUCUACAAAAGUCAUAAAUAAUGAUAGAUAUUACCUUACGGUAGAAUUGGGUUGCUGCUUGGCCCGACUUACACGUUUGAUAUUCGCGUUAACGAAAGCAUUAAAAGAAUUGAGAUUUGUCUCCGGUGAUAUGUAUCCAAUGUUAGGCAAUGAUAUUGUAAGUUUUGUCUAA